CAGGUGAUGGCCUACAUGUUUUUUCAGUAAAAAUAGGUAAGUUGAAGGAAGGUACGACCGUGUUGUGAGGUUUCACGGCUGCUCAAUAUGAAGUCUCACAUUCGACAGCCUGUUCUUAAGGUGAGGCUGGCUAUAUCUCCAGCACAUCGCUAAUCCUCUGCACUGACUAUUACUAUCCCUUGUUGUAUAUCAGAUAGCACAUGACAUCUGGUCCCGAGAUCAUUCAUAACGACCUAAUCAUCCAUUCGAGUCGCCGUGAAUACCAUCGUGCAAGGUCUCCUGGACCCCGACUUGUGGCAGUUGCUCUCCCGUUGCUGGAAUGGGAAAGCAGGAUGAGACCUGGGCAACUCCUCCCAGCAGCCCUAUCAGGCAACUUGAUGAACCGAUCAUUAAUCUUCCUCAUCCACCCGACAGCAAUGCAAAUACCAGGAAGAACAAGAGCGGGCCCAAAGAUGGAAACCCUGACCAGCCCAAACCUUCGGAGACUAUCGGCCGCACCAUCCAAGAAUUAGAACGCCUUCUUGCCGAAGCAGUGAAGCUCGCUGAGUCGGCGGGUGCGAUUCAGCAAGAUGUCGAAGCACAACAGACUAGCCUUGACACGCCCACUGGGACAAGACGAACGAGUGAAGAGUUGGCCAGGAAAUUGAACACACAUCUCGAAGCAGCUUCGACCGAGGCUACGAACACACCAACGAGCAGUCGAGCUGCUGGUCCACUUCGGCGGACUGAGUCAGGAAUUGGUCCAACCGAUGUCGAUUCACUUGCUGAUACGUCGCCUUUGGAGGGUUCUAUUCGGCUGCUUCCACCCAAUUCAACUUCGGAACUUCCCAGCGGGAGGAAAGGUGGGCUUUCAAAGCCCAGAGGCAUAUCAGAUGAAGGGUCGAGUGCGCGCAAUAAACGAUCUGUGACGAUACUCGAACCCACUGGGUCUGCCCGUCGAAACAUUACCACCGACGUUCCACGGGGAAAGCGAAAGCACAACCAAUCAUUGGAGCGGCCAGUACCACAAUCACUACCACGACGGGUGCCUGAUUUGCAGCUCAACGAUGUCGAAAUGAAAGACACAGAUGCAGAAGAGAAGGACGGCGGGUUGCGCAGCCCUGGAAUGCUCGAGGUACCUAGAUCAGGACAUGAAAGGCAUUUCUCGCAGAUGUUUGGCAUCAAUUCCAGACAGGGCAGCAUGAACCUGGCACAUGCUGAUGAGGACGGGCUCUGCAAGAUUGAUCUGACUGGGGCGCGACACAUUGAUGUUGACCACCAACCCGAUGGUCUUGAUGUGCACAAAACAUGUCACCAUGCGCCUGUGGCUCGGAACUGGCCUGACUCUCGAAAACGCUUUGCAGCUCUGGUGAGUUGCAUAAACACCGCUUGCUUGGGACUCAUCCUUGGGAUAUACGCUGGAGAAGUCCCUGCGAUCCAGUAUGUGGUCGUUGACCUGAAUCGUCGAAUCAUAUUCGGCAAUGCUUUCCUUUAUUGCGGCCUGAUCUUUCCCACCUUGGUAUGUUGGCCGUUGCCGCUUUUGCACGGUCGCAAACCAUACACCGUUGCGGCGCUUGCAUUGGCCCUGUGUUUGCAAAUACCUCAAGGCCUGAUGGUUGUCUCGUUUAGAUCUCCGGAUGUCGCAAGGUAUCGGGUGAUCUUGUUGCUGGCACGAGGGUUGUCGGGUUUGGUUUUCGGCUUCGUCAACAUGAACAAUCUUGGCACGUUAUUGGACGUUUUUGGCGCUUCUCUUUCGAGCAGCAAGUCUCAUGAGAACUUGGCAAGUGAAUUUGAUGUUCGGCGACACGGUGGGGGGGUUGGAGUAUGGUUGGCAUUUUGGUCUUGGUGCAGCACCGGUUCCAUCAGUAUCGGCUUUGUCAUAGGCGCCUUCAUCAUCAACGGGUCCUCGGUGGACUGGGGAUUUUGGGUCUCGUUAGUGCUCUUGAUGGGCGUCCUUCUGCUGAACGUCAUAGCACCCGAAGUCCGUCGAUCGGCGUUUCGCAGAACCCUUGCCGAGAUCAUUGGCGAAGGAGGGAGCUUCAGCAGAGUGGCACGUGGCGAGGUCAAGUUGCAUCUCACGGGGACCGGACCAUACUGGUGGGGUGAAGAGGUCAAAGCCGGCUUACAGCUCAGCUGGAGAAUGGUCAGGCAGCCUGGCUUUCUGAUCUUGUCCAUAUACGCUGCUUGGGUCUAUGCGCAGUUCACCUUGAUACUGAUGUUACUUGGUGCACUCACCUCGACUUUGUACCGAUUUCGUCCGGUCGAUGUUGGGCUUUGUGUUCUUUCUCUCGCAAUUGGUUCAGCGCUGGCGAUACCAUUCGAAAAAGCAUCAUGGCUCAGCCGUGCGCGAUACCAAGCUCCUCGAACAGACAGCAUGACAUUCCAGAAAGUGUCAUUGUGGUCGUCACACACUAUUCGGCGGACGCUGGCCAUGAUCUUUCUCCCUCUGGCAGCUAUUGGAUACGCUCUUACCUCGAAGGGGCCAGCAUUCUACGUUGCCGUGCCAUGUGUCUUCGCCGGUCUCGUCGGGUAUGCUUCAACAUUGGCCAUCAGUGAAUGCUAUGCUUUGAUCAUGGAGACCUUUGACACCUCGGACCUCCAACCGGGCAUGACUGGCCGCCCAGUGAGGAAGUCGAUUGUGGAGCGAUAUCGCGAGACGAGAACCAACUUCUCCUGUUACCCCAGGAUCAGUGCUGGCAUGGCGGUCACCCAGUCACUCAAAUUUGCUUUUGGAGCGGUAUCAACGAGUAUCUGUGGUAGUGUUGAGAGAAGGUAUGGCGCGAUGCAAGCGGCUGGUAUCGUCGCCGGAGUACUUCUGUUUCUCACACUCCUACUUACAGCAGUUCUGGUCCGCUGGAAAAGCGUCCAGAUGAUUCCUAGUCGCAAGGGGCGGCAGGUUGAUGACGAAGUAGAUGCGGGAUGGGAACCGGUGGUCCUAGGGAACCCCAGCGGAUUGACACGAAAGAUCUGUAUUCUAGAAGCUGGAGAGCAGACCCGAUACGCUGAAAUUCGACGGAGGAACCGCUUGGAGUCUGGGUUGACGGGUGGUUGAGAAGGUUCCAACUUCUAUGGACGUUAUCCUUUUGAC